AUGGCACCCAUGACAGAAGAAGAUAUUGAAUGGUUUAAGUCAACAUUUCGCCCAAUUCCGAAGCCUGAAAUACCAGAAGAUUGCAUAGAAUAUUCUCUUUACUGCAUUCCUAAUGAUAUCAGCAAAGACGACACUGUGGCGUCGCGCGCAGCGUUAGGCAAUGUACAGAAAACGGCUUCGAAAUUGGUUAAAAAGUAUUUAAAAGAUUAUAUAUGGCAGCGUGAGAAUUUCAGACUGGAGCAAGUAAAAGAAGAUGGUGUAAAUCUUCUCCGAGGUCGCACGGUAUAUGGCGAUUCAAUCGAAGAUGAGUGGGUUAUUGUGUAUAUUCUUCGAGAGCUGACUCGUGAAUUUGAUGACCUGUGGGUUAAAGUGACGGACAGUGAUGGCGAAUUUCUCUUGGUUGAGGCGGCUGCGACAUUACCAGCAUGGCUGGAACCGGAGAUAGCAAAUAAUAGGGUAUGGAUCCACAGAGGUGAAUUGGUAAUACUUAGACCAGCGCCAGGGAAAACGGCAAAAAAUAGCACCCAAAACUUGACAUUUCAAGAUGCCAGGAAUACAAUCCGUACGGAGCCUGGAAGAUUAAUCCGAUCCUCGUCAAUUCAAGAAGAAGCAUUUUACCGCUUACGAAAUUAUCCUGCUCAGAUUAUAAAGAACAUGCAUACAUCUUUAGUGACCAUUCCCCGUACUAUUGCAUAUAUCUUACAUAUUAAGCCUGCAUAUGUUGCCCCUGCCAUUGAGGCCUUUUAUAUUCGUGAUCCAAUCGCUUUGCGCGCACUACAGUCAAAGGAUAAACCGCUUAUAUUUGAGCCUGAUGAUCUCGUUACUACCAGCGUAAAAUUUACGAAAGUGGGCUUUGCACAGUUAAAAAGUCAGGAUUUUGAUCCUCCAGGGAAAUGGAAAACAGGAUUUCCCUCUGAAUUCGGGACCAAAGAGUACGCCCGCGCUGAAAUAGGAAUGAAAUUGGGAUGCGGGUUUGAAAUGUUGUUGUUCGACCCUCAAAACCAGGACAACCCAAUGGUUCGGGAAAUGAAGCUAGUGCUCGAAGAUAUUGAGGCUGGGGAUGAAAGACUUCCAAGUAACGAAGAAAUUGAUACGAAUUGGGAAAAAUUGGAAGAUGAUGAGUCUUGGUUGGAUAUAAAUUAUGAAGAUUUAGAUCAAGAGCUUACGGGGAAACGGUCAACCACAGUGAGUGCCAAGAUGUCAGAUUUUGGUGACAAAACUGCCCAGGAGAAUCUACAACGGAUAGUUGCACAAUUUGAACAGUUCCUCAACGAUGAUACUGCCGGCUUCGACGGGGCAGAUUUUAUCGAGGAAUCGGAUGAUAGCGAAGUUGAUGAUCAAGAUUCAAGUAGUGAUGGUGAGGAUAAAGAAGCAUCCUUCGACGAGGAGGAAUUCUCCAGGAUGAUGCGGGAAAUGAUGGGGUUGCCACCUCCACCUUCGCAGCCUAACACUGCCGAACUACAGCACUCACCUAUAGAGGAAGUGGAUUCGAGUGGGGGGGAGAUUGAAAAGAAUGCAACUAAACCUCAAGGAAGCACAGCAAGACAAUUAAAGCCUAUGAUGGAUGAGUUCGAGAUGAUUAAAUCAAAUAAAAUAUUGAGGGGUGAAUUAUACCGGAAACGUCAAGAACCUAUUCUGGAGGAGGUGGAAUUUAGCGAUGAGGAAGGUACAUCACUGGAAAAAGCAAACGUAGGAUUAUGUGAGGACAAGGAACUCGAAGAAAUCCAAGACUUAUCGAGACAAAUGGAGUCGGAACUGAAGAAGGCCGGAAUACUGGGUCACCACAGAGUGUUGAAAGAAAAAAACGGUCGAUCAUUAGAUGGAAAGGCUCCCGCACCGGACAUAGAAGCUGCCGAGCUAAUUGAUGAGGUCGUUGAAGAUUCUGAUGUUGAUAUUAACCUAGCUAAAAAUCUCCUUGAGAGCCUUCGAAGUCAAGGAGGAGCCCCAGGCCCAGGAAGCAAUUUACUCGGAUUAAUGGGCGCGAGAAUACCCAAAGAUGACCGUGGUUGA